AUGAUUAGGGAUGCAAACAUCAUAAAGUAUCAUGACGCAUUGGUCAAAGUGAUGAUGUUCCAUGGUACUGGUGGAGUAAAGUACUGCAAGUGGGGAGUCGGUCUUUGUCUGGAAAGCAUUGUUGGUACCUCGAUGGUCCAAGUCAUGGCAGAGGCAAGCUACCAGGAGCCCGAGGAUUUCCAAGUCGCUCAUAAACCUACAAAUGAUGCAAAUGAUAAAAAAAUGUUCUGCUUGUUGGAACUUGGUGUUAGUCAAGCAACGGUAUCUCGGACUGUGGAUAGAGUUGUGAACAGCAUAGUUGCACAGUCGAACGAAUGGAUCAAGUUUCCAACUACCAACCAUGAACUGAUGGAGGCCAAGCGGAUAUGGCAAAGCAUGUAUAAAUUUCCGACAGCAAUUGGUGUAAUUGAUUGUACACAUAUAGGAAUCCUGAAACCAAAUCGCCAUAGAGAUGAGCAUAUCAACCGCAAGCCUCUUGUGAUGCCAGAGAGAUGUUCACAAAUACUGAUGUCAGUUGGCCUGGAUCAGUGCAUGAUUCCAGAAUAUGAAGAAAUUAGCAGACUAGAUCACAACCAAUAAAUAAAGCAAAUGUUGUCCUACUUGGCGAUGACGGUUAUGGUAUUGAGCCAUGCCUCAUGACUCCC